UCCUCCCACAUCACCACGUCUCCACCUCCUACUCGCCUCUGCUUCCUCCGCUACCUCACUCACUGCAGCACAGGCAGGCUCAGUAGAGGCACUCUCGUUGGCAGGCACGCACACAGAUUGCUGUUCUCUGCUUCUGCUCGAGCCGAUGGGGUGGUGGGGAUGGGUGGCGGCGGCCGCGGCGGUGUGGGUGGCGGUGAAGGUGGUGGAGGUGCUGUGGUGGCGGCCGCGGCGGGUGGAGGAGCAAUUCGCGCGGCAGGGGAUCAGGGGGCCGAGGUACCGUUUCCUGGUCGGGUGCGUGCGCGAGAUGGUGGCGCUCAUGGUCGCCGCCUCCGCCGAGCCAAUGCCGCCUCCCUACCGCUCCCACAACGUCCUCCCCCGUGUCCUCGCCUUCUACCACCACUGGAAGAAAAUAUACGGUUCUACGUUCCUGAUAUGGUUCGGGCCCACGCCGCGGCUGGCCGUCGCCGACCCGGAGCUCAUCCGGGAGGUUCUCCUCGCGCGCGCCGACCGCUUCGACCGCUACGAGUCGCACCCCAUGGUGCGCCAGCUCGAGGGCGAGGGCCUCGUAAGCCUCCGCGGCGAGAAGUGGGCGCACCACCGCAGGGUGCUCACGCCGGCCUUCCACAUGGACAACCUCCGCCUCCUCCUCCCGUGCGUCGGGAGGACGGUCGUCGACAUGGCCGACAAGUGGCGCGCCAUGGCGGCGGCGGACAAGUCCGGCGAGGUCGAGAUCGACGUGUCCGACUGGUUCCAGGUCGUCACGGAGGACGCCAUCACGCGCACGGCGUUCGGCCGGAGCUACGAGGAUGGCAAGGUCGUCUUCAAGCUCCAGGCGCAGCUCAUGGCCUUUGCCUCCGAGGCGUUCCGCAAGGUCUUCAUCCCCGGAUACAGGUUCUUGCCGACCAAGAAGAACACAAGCUCGUGGAAGCUGGACAAGGAGAUCAGGAAGAACCUAGUGACGCUCAUUGGUCGGCGGCAGGAGGCGGGUGACGACGAGAAGCUGGACGGCUGUGCCAAGGACCUCCUCGGCCUCAUGAUCAAUGCCGCCAGCAGCGGCGCCGGCAAAAAGAGGCCGCAGCCGGUGAGCCCCAUCACCGUAAACGACAUUGUGGAGGAGUGCAAGACCUUCUUCUUCGCGGGGAAGCAGACGACGUCGAAUCUCCUGACGUGGGCCAUCGUCGUGCUCGCCAUGCACCCGGAGUGGCAGGAGCGAGCCCGCCAGGAGGUCGUCGAUGUCUGCGGCGCGGGCAGCGUACCCUCCCGCGAGCAACUCGCCAAGCUCAAAACGCUCGGGAUGAUCCUGAACGAGACGCUCCGGCUUUACCCGCCGGCGGUGGCGACGGUGCGGCGCGCCAAGGCCGACGUGGAGCUCGGCGGGUACCUGAAGAUCCCGCGCGACACGGAGCUGCUGAUCCCCAUCAUGGCCGUGCACCAUGACGCGCGGCUCUGGGGCCCCGACGCGGCGCAGUUCAACCCGGCGCGGUUUGCGGACGGCGCGGCCCGGGCGGCGAGGCACCCGACGGCGUUCAUACCGUUCGGGCUGGGCGCGCGGAUGUGCAUCGGGCAGAACCUGGCGAUCCUGGAGGCGAAGCUGACCAUCGCCAUCAUCCUCGAGCGGUUCGACUUCCGGCUGUCGCCCAACUACGUUCACGCGCCGACGGUGCUGAUGCUCCUCCACCCGCAGUACGGGGCGCCCAUCGUGUUCCGGCCCCGCUCACCAUGCCAGCCGGCCGAUCAACCUCAACUUGUGAAAAGAUGAACCCACUAACCAACCAGCCGUGUCAGUGUCAGGAUCGAUGUCGUUGUGCUUGCGCUUGCUCGCUCACUCUCUCCAAAAGAGGCAGCAGAGAGAGAUCAUAGGAGCAAAGUUGCCGUCAGAGAAUGACUUGAGGAAAAGAAGAUAAGAAAAAAGAAGCAUCUUUUAUUGUACUAACAACAUAUAUCCUGCAGAGGAUGAGAUGAGCAUCCCAUCAGCAGCAGCAGCUUAGAUUAGGAUUAGGAGUUUAGAGGCCUUCACUCCCAUUUUUCUUUUUUUUUACCGCAUUUUGGGUUAAUGGUUUCUUCCUUGGAUUGGGGGGAUUUUGGUGAUCAGUUUGGUGUAUGGAAUGAAAGAUUGCAAAGUGUACACAUGCCAUGUCCCCAUUUGUUCCUGAAUUUGGAUACAUGACCAAGAGAGGCCAUUGAAGAGUGUGGCUCCUCUACUCUGUUUACAUCUCU